UUUGCACGUGACCUUCUUGGUUGGACUUAGAGGCUCGAGCUUCGCAGUAUGCCACCAACAGCUUCGACUUGAAAGCCCCAACUUAUCUUGAAAAUCCUCUCAUUUGACCAACUGUAUCACUAUGGUGUUCAAAAUAGCCGGCUGGAUAAUCAGCUUCGAGCAAGCACGCACUUGGUUCGACAGGCAGGAAUACAAACACGACCAUUUCGGCGAUGAGUUCGUCGGUAUCGCGCUUAAUCGGUGGUUCGAAGAGAGGAACAUCGAUUAUCUAUGGGCUGUUGUCACCGACUACCCUCGAGGGAGCCGGCACGCAGUCAUCGUCUUAGUUCGAAGGCGCAGGGAAGAUCCCAAGUCGACGGUGUCCCACUUGGGUCACUGUUGUGGAUCCGUUCUUCAUGAAUUAACUGAGUCUCGACGCGAAUGAAAUUGUAGCAGAAGGAUUGUUUGUUUGUUGUUUUAUAUAUGUGAAGUUGAGGAGAUCUCUGAAAAAUGUUGGCCGCUUCGG